AUGACGGCAGCGCCCAUCCGAAGGACGUUGCUGGCACUACUGUCGAUUUUGCUGCUGCCUUGGCUGACCGUUCUAGGCGACGACGGCAGAGACGGCAACGAGAGUGCAGGCGACCCCCUCUACUUGACGCCACUUAUUAACAGCGGGCAGUUGAACGAGGCACGAUCCCGCAGUCAGACGGGUCGCAUCGGCGGUGACGAGCUGGGAUACGUGCUGGGCUACUCGGGCUACCUGACCGUCAACAGAGAAUUGAACAGUAACCUGUUCUUCUGGUUCAUCCCGGCACUGGAACGGCCAAACGAGGCACCCGUGCUGGUUUGGCUGCAAGGAGGUCCCGGUACGUCUUCCCUGCUAGGCUCCUUUGCCGAGCACGGCCCGUACACACUCGAGGGCAGCGACCCCCCCGUGCCCGUGCGGCGCUCGACUACGUGGGCCCGAUUCUUCUCGAUGCUAUACGUGGACGAACCGGUAGGCGGCGGUUACAGCUUCACGGAAUCCGAGCGAGGAUAUGCGCGCAACGUGACGGAUGCAGCCCGGGACAUGCUUGAGUUUCUGCAGCAGUUCUUCACGCUCUUUCCAGAGUACGCCAAGAGGGACUUCUACUUGACGGGCGAGUCCUUCGGUGGAAAGUUCGUCCCGGCCACAGCAUUCGCCCUACACGACGCGGGUGACUCGCUGCGCGUCAAGAUCAAGCUCAAGGGCAUCGCCUUCGGCAACGGGUUGACGGAUCCGCCAAGCAUGAUCGACUUUGGCGACCGCUUGUACCAACUGGGCCUUGUCGACCGGAAACAGGCCGCCUACUUUGACCAAAAGAGAGACGUCGCUCUGAGCCUCAUCAACGACGGCCGCUACGACGAGGCCGCCUUCGUCGUCAACGACCUCAUCUACAAUCUGCCCAACGACUACUACAACAUCUCUUCCACAUAUUUUAAUAACGUCACAGGCUACGAGAGUUACUACAACCUGCUCGAGAUCAAAGAGCCUCCGGAUGUCAGAUCGUACAUGGACUUCGUGCAGACACCAGCGCUGCGUAGAGCCUUUCACGUUGGUGAAAACGCGUUCCGAGACCGGAGGCCCGUCGUGACCUACAUGAUGGGCGAUCUCCUCAAGUCGGCCAAGUCUUACAUGCCAGUGCUGAUGGAAAACUACAAGGUGCUGGUGUACAGCGGUCAGCUCGACAUUGUCGUGCCGUAUUCAGCCACGGAGCAACUUUUCGAGACGAUUCCUUGGUCCGGGGCCGAGGCUUUUGGCACUGCGCCGCGCAAAAUUUGGCGCUCGCCCUCCGAGUCGUGGGGGCGAGCAUCGGAUACAUCGGAGCAUAAAUAUGUGGUGUUCGGCUACACGCGACGCGCGAAGGCAUUCAGAGAAGUCAUGAUACGUAACGCAGGUCAUUUCGCACCGCACGACCAACCUGAAGCAACCCUGGACAUGAUAGUAAGGUUCAUUUUCGACUUACCGUUCGCUGAAGGUGAAGACGUGCCCCAAAAGUAGGCUGUCUAGACGCUACUGUCGGAAAUCGCAACACAUAGAGGGAAUAAACAUCUUCGUUAAAAUAUUCGCACUUUGGUACCCUGAGAAGCCAAAUAGGGCCUUUUUGUUAGGUUUCUCAUCUUGAGAAACUAACAUAAAGUUGCCGAGACUGUGGUCUUAGUUAACAAAUUUUACGAAAACAUCUUAACGGCAAGAACCUUCGAGAACUUAUACAAAGAGUCUCGCAACGUCUUUUAUAAUGAACUUAAAAGCGUUUCUGGGCCCAAAAAUGAAACUAGUAUACACUGAAAAUUCGCAGUUGAGUAUUCUAAAUUUACGGGCAUCAAUAUUUCUUUAUUUUUUAUACGCAGUUAUGCACAAAGUUCAGACUAAUGAUCUCACUUUUGUGAUAUUCACUCAAAAUAUAACUUUACAUCGAAGCUUCUUUGAGGCCUCCUUAAAUAGGUAAAAAUGAAGGCCCGCCUUAUUUUUGUCAUGCUUCUCUACAUUUUCUUCAUGAUAUGUGGAAAAUGAAAGCCGGAGGGCUGCCAACAGUGAUGGUAUGAGCGAGAAAGUCGCUAGAUUUUGCUAGUUUUUAGUCACCUUAACAACAACUCUGCCUUCUCGGAUUGCAUGUUAGCGACUCUUUAACAACCUUU